GGAAUGGACCAAACUCAUCUUGACUCACCACUGGCCACCAACCUUUUGCAGUAUGGAAAAGUGCCAUUCAAACAUAAGUUAUUGGGCCCUGCAUGGAUUAUGGCCUGACUCUGGGAAUGAGUGCAACUCAUCCUGGCACUUUAACGCAAGUCUGAUUGAGGACCUGAUGCCAGAAAUGAAAACAUACUGGCCAGAUCUUCUUAAACCUAAUAGUACAAUAUUCUGGAAGCAUGAAUGGCUCAAGCAUGGGACAUGUGCUGCCAAAGCAGAAGUUUUAAAUUCUCAGCACAAAUACUUCAGCAAAGCUCUGGAGCUCUACCAUAAGCUGGACCUUGAUGGUGUGCUGAAAAAGAGCAACAUCUUACCUUCUGAAGACCCCUACAAGUUCGCAGAUGUGGAACAGAGUAUAGUCAAUGCCUAUGGAGUCAAGCCAAAAAUCCAGUGCAUCUCUCAUGACAAGGAGGCUGAGGUUCAGACCAUGGGCCAGAUAGAGGUCUGUUUUGACAAGCAGUUUCAGCUGAUAGACUGUGAGAAGAGAAUGGAGGAGCUUCAGAACAACACAGGCUUUAUGGUUUGUGAUGAAUCUGUGCCGGUCUACUAUCCUCCAACAGCAAGCACACGGCUCCUGCAGAAGUUUCUCUAAACUAAAGGCUUUAAAAAUACACCAUGUUGUGUUUUCCACAUCCCACAUCAGGUUCACUGAACUGCUGUAGUCUUGGCCUGUUGUACACUGAUCAGCCAUAACAUUAAACCACC